CCGGGCUGGGGGUCAGCUCUGGGGCACAGGGAGAACGGAGGUCCCAACCGAGGGGAAGACUGGACUCGGAGGAGGGGCGGAGACACUGGGAGGGAAGUGCGCGGGCUCCUGACAUCCCCUCUUCGGCCUUCUCUGACGGAUGCUCCCCACCCACGUCCCCAGCCCUGGGGGACCAUCUUGCAGCCCUUUUCUUGGAUGGUCCCAUCUCCCGUGCCUCAGUCUAACAGAGUCAAGGAAGGUAACGCUCCUGGGUCGCUCUCCUGAACCCCCUCUACCACGCGUCCUGGGGCCGCCCUCUUUCCUCUGGUUGGUUGAAGUGGGGUCUGGGCCUGGGAGGGACGGGACUGUGUGGAGGCCGGGUGAGCCUGUUGAAACCUUCCCCCUAGACCUGUUGGAGCUGAUGCUGCUGCAGAACGCACAGAUGCACCAGCUGCUGCUGAGUCAGCUGGUGGCCGGGGCGCUGAACCCAGGGCCAGAGUGGCCCCGCCCACAGGUCUGUACAGACAGCCAAGAGGAGCAGGUGGAGGAAGAGGUGGAGACGCCGGAGCAAGAGCCUUUGGUGUUCCACCAUCACUAUUUGCCUUGUCCAGUGGCCUCCUUGGGCACCAUGUCACUCUGGCCAGCCUCCUUCCUCCCUAUGCCCCCACACCAGCCUCCCCGGCAGGGUGCACCCAGGAUUCAGCGCCAGCCCCCUGCCUCCAGGCAAAGGGAGGUGAGAGACGUGCCCCCACCGCCACCCCUCAGUGCCACGGGGACUGUUGGUGCAGACAUACCGCCGGCUUCAGACUACUACGAUGCUGAGAGCCUGCCAUGAAGACAAAUAUUCAUCGGGCCUCGCCAGCUUCCGCACGGUGCUGCCAGAACCCUGGAACAACGCUGCACCCAUGCUGGAGCCCUUCUUAGCCGCUCUGGCCAGCUACAACCUCUCAUCAGGCUCUCCACUCCACUGCCAUACUGAGCUGGCUGUUCUGGACUAAGAGCUCCCUUAAGCCCCACCAGGACCCGGAAGUCACAUAAACCCAAUUGAUCUAUGGUUUCCCCACCUGGAACCAGAGCCCCAUCUGGUCUCUGCCCCUUGUUCCUCUCUCUGGCUGUGUACCAUCACCCUUGGGCCUGGAAUAGGGUGAGAGAGAAACGGAUGGCUUGGAUCUCCAAACUGCUGAAGGCCCCGGAGGGCAGCAUGGUUGAGGAGAGGCCCAGUUCAGGAGGCCCCAGCAGCUGCCUCAGCUCCUUCGAACCUCUUUUCAUUGUUGGCAGAAAGGAGAGUCAGGGCUGCGUCCUGAUCCAACCAGAAACAGCGUGAGGUCCCCAGGGCCAGGUCCAACCAGAAUGCCCUCCAUCUCAUGGGACCUCAGGAAGAAAUCAGUUGCUCCUAAUGUUGUGGUUA